AUGUUAAUGCUCAUGUAUCUGCACCAUCGGUAUUAUUUCUUUAUGGAUCCAAUCUACUCAUGUUUUUUGAAAGAGAGAGUAUUUCGUAUUACAAACACCAGAUCUAUUGUCAAACGAACGUCCCUGACCAAAAAAGAUCAUCUGCAUCCACAUUGCUUGUUGCCAACCGAAUACAUGGUGCCAAUCCUUUCGGCUGAAAAUGAAAUGGAUGCGCAAUUUUUGAAACAACAAUUUCCUGAUCUAUUCGAGGACACAACACUAGAUAAUAUCCAGUCGGGAGUAGAAUAUAGUUUUUUUGGAAAGAUUGUUAGCAUUGACGCCCCUGAACCAACCACUAUUGCUGGUCGUCAAACCAAACAAGUCAUAACAAUCAGUGAUGCCAUGCAUUAUCGAGGACGACUCAUACUUUGGGAUAAUCAAACAGUGUUGACAUCUUUGAUGCGCAAGAAUGACUCGAUUGCCAUUAGAAUGCCGUACUUGUCAUUUGAAGCUGUUGCUGAAACGGGAGUUUUGCAAAUGGAAUAUGGAUCAGCCACUUGCAUAUUUUUGAUUCCUGCUGAUGUGACCAAGGAAGUCGAGGCCAUGACAUCACUUGCUACCCAGGCACAUUCCAACUCUGCGAUUUGGGCCGAUAUGCCUCGUGACGAAAAUGGAAUGACUGAUUUGGAAUGGUAUCCUGAACCUUUGGAUUUCUCUAAUCUGCCUGCUGAAGCAUACAACAUCACCCUUUUAGGAACAAUUGUUUUUAUCCUUGAUAAUGAUACGGAGAUUGCAAGCAGUCGUGCACAGACACGCCAUGGUGUACGGAUCAAAAACAAAACAGGAAUAUGUGAUGUUACUUUAUGGUCAGAAUGUGCAACUGCAGCAAGUAAACUCGAGGUUGGACACGUUGUGCUUUUUGAGCGGCUUGCCACAUAUAGAAAUGAAACUGGCCAUCUUUUUGUCAUUGGCUCACCAGAACACAAUUCGCAGAUUCGUAAUGUGAGCAAAUGCUUUGGAAUACUAAGCUCUCCUGCCAUCUCAUCACAAUCUUCGAUUCAGCAGAUAAGUCAGGCUACACACGGUCUUUUUUACUGUUUUGCUGUUAUUUCUGGUUGGCCAUGCUCGCAAUCUUUUGAAAGCACUAGUCUUGUCCAUACAUCGUGUCGAAAACCAGUCAUGGAAUUGGACGAUAUGCCGUUUUGUUCAAGAUGUUCCAACUAUGUUGAUUCGACAGAAUACGCAUUUAAUAUGACCAUUCGCCUAGAUGACGGAACUGGGUCAUUGACUUGUCUAUUGUUGGAUGCCACGGCCACCAAAGUGCUGCAAUCUCGCACGACGGUUCUUCAUUUUGCCGCGCUCUCUCCUGAUAUGCGUACCGAUAUAUUGAGCGAUAUUGUUGGCACACACGUCUUAUGUGCUAUUACUGUAUACACCCAGGCAAAUCAAGUUUACUUUCGAGUGGAUGAGAUUGAUAUCAAGCCAAAUAUCAUGUGGCAGAUCAAGCAUCUCUCUAACCAGAUCCAACACCUACCUAGUCCAUAA